AUGGGGGCCGCGGGUACCAAUGGCACAGCAGCCGUACCAAGGCCUUUCCCUCCGGGGGUUCACGUUCCAAGCCUGACCUGGUUUGAGGGGACACGCGACCAAGAGAUUGAUUGGGUCAUACAAAAGAAACAUUUUCAGUUCUUGGUAGAAUCCGGAGUUCAUGGAAUCGUCAUCGCGGGAACAAAUGGUGAGGCUGUCACGCUGAGCGCAGAUGAAAAGACACAGCUGUUGCGAACAGCACGUAAAAUUGCUAUCGAAAAUGGACGCCCGGAUCUACCCAUCACUCUUGGUUGCUCUGGGCAGUCCACUCGCGAGGUUAUCGCCGAGACGAAACUCGCGGCAGCUGCGGGUGCUGACUUUGUUCUUGUCCUGGUGCCGAGCUACUUUCACUUUGCUAUGGACGAUGAUGCUAUCGUAGCUUUCUUCUUAGAGCUCGCUGAUUCCAGCCCCCUUCCAAUCGUUAUCUACAAUUUCCCCGGUGUUGUUUCUGGGCUUAAUCUUAACUCGGACAUGCUUGCGACGCUCGGAAAACACCCUAGUAUCGUGGCUGUCAAACUUACCUGCGGAGGUAUCGCUAAAGUCGCCCGUGUCCGCGCUGUGUUCGGGCCCGAGACGUUUUCAGCACUCGCGGGCCAGAGUGACUGGCUGGUCCCUGCGCUUUCAGUGGGUGGUACGGGUGUAAUUACCGGAGUGGCGAACUUGUAUCCCAGAUUCUGCAUAAAAAUUUAUGAUCUCUACCUAUCAGGUAAGACCCAAGAGGCCGAGGCUCUACAAAUCAAGUUGGCUCAGAUGGAAUGGGGCUUUGGGAAAGGAGGCAUCAACGGGACGAAGUGGGUGGUGGCAAAAUAUCUAGGCUAUCCACUUGAAGGCUGCCACUGUCGUCGGCCGUAUCCAGAGUAUUCAGAUCCCAAGAAGCAGGCGUGGAUUGACGAUACUGUGAGACAACUAGAGGAAGAUGAGAAGAAGCUCCGGGCUUCUAAAGCAUAG